AUGACCGACUAUGAGGUAACUAGAAUUGUUGAUUCUGAAGAUAUUCUUACUCAUCUAGCUUUGUUUUCUGAUUGUGAUCCUACAAGGUUUGAUGAUGCUGUAAAAGAAGUUAAGUGGCAAAAGACCAAGUUAAAGGAGAAUGGUGAAGUUGACAAAUACAAGGCAUGUCUAGCAGCUAAAGGCUAUAAGCAGGAAUAUGGUGUGGAUUAUAAAGAGGUUUUUGCUCCUGUUGCAAGUGAGCAUAAAAUUUACAAAUUGAAAAAGGCUCUUAGAGCUUGGUAUAGUCAUAUAGAUGCUUAUUUUAUAAACAAAGGUUUUCAAAGGUGUCCAUAUGAACAUACUCUCUAUACUAAAAUUACAGUUGAUGGGAAGAUAAUUAUGGUAUGUUUAUAUGUGGAUGAUCUGAUUUAUACCGAAAAUGAUAGAGCCAUGUUUGAAAAAUUUAAGGAGUCUAUGAUGCUGGAAUUUGACAUGACUGAUCUUGGUUUGAUACAUUAUUUUUUGGGCAUUGAAGUAGUACAAUCUGCUGCUGGUAUCUUUAUUUCUCAAAAGAAAUAUGUCCAAGAAAUUUUAGAUAGGUUUGACAUGAAGGAUUGCAACUCUGUCACUACUCCAAUGGAGAAAGGUUUGAAGCUUAUAAAGGAUUCAGGAGGCAAAAUGGUUGAUAGUACAUUUUAUAAGCAAAUAGUUGUAAGUUUAAUGUAUUUGACAAUAAUAAGACCUGACAUAAUGCAUUCAGUAAGUCUCAUCAACAGGUAUAUGGAAAAUCCAAAACAGAUACAUCUUUUGGCUGCAAAAAGAAUUAUUCGGUACUUGCGAGGUACCAUGGAUUUUGGGCUUUUCUACAAAAUGGGAGAAAAAUCAUAUUUAUAUGGCUUUACUGAUAGUGAUUAUGCAGGAGAUUUAGAUGACCGAAGGAGCACAUCUGGAUAUUUGUUUAUGAUGGGAUCAGCUACAGUUUCAUGGUUAUAA